GCUUCGCCCCUCAUCUUGCCUGCAUUUUCGCAGCUUCGACCCCUUUUCGGCGGGGCUCUUGGGUAUUCGAUUGGCCGGUGGUCUCCAACUUCAUCCACAGGCUGAGCUCAGAGGCCCAACGGCCGUACCAACAUUAUCCAGGGACAACAUGUCGCCAACCCCGACCAACAUUCUGUUCGCUCUGAUGGUCUUCAGCCUCGUGCUGCCGUACAUCCCGAGGGUCGCCUAUGCCAUCCUGAGGCUUUCGAUCCGCAAUAAGUGGAUUACAUUGACGCUCAUAGUGCUGCUUGGCUGGGUUGUUGCGGCUGCCUCGCUGCUGGUCUUGAUUGUCCAUCUCAGCACCAGAUACGGCAUCUCGCUGAGGCUGCAUCGAAGCCGCACACGGUUCUGGCUGUCCUUCACCUUCGGUGCCCCGCCCAUGAACCUCAAAGCCAAUACGGCGACAUCAAGCAAACCAAGAGAGCCUGUCGGUUCGGUCCCGGAGCAAGGCUCGCCCCUUGCCACUUCGAAUCUGCCGUCCCCGCUGUCAUCCGUGCCGGGCUCGCCUCUGUGGCAGUCGUCGGAUGAGUCCAGGGCAAGUCGCAAAGCCGAGCGUCGAUUGACCACCGGGCUUGGUCCAACCAAGGGUCUGCUCGAUGCUCUCAAGACAGCAAAGACGGCACAGAGCCCACGGAUAGGCAUCCCAGCUUCGCCCAAGCCAGUCUCGACCAAACCCGCCCAGCCCGCCCAGCAGAAGCCCGCCCCAAAGCCGGGCUGGGCAGCCGUCCUCAACUUCUUCUCGGUAGAGCGCAGCAAUGAAUCCGAUGUCAAGUAUGCCAUACUGACGGGCCAGUUUGUUCUGACGAUUCGCUAUGUAUCCUUCUUCUGGCCGGACAAGUCCCACUUUGACGAGGCCGCGGAUGCCGUUGGCGAGAACGGCCUGCGUCGGCGACUUGUGCGUUUACUUGCUCCUCCCUACGUCGGCAUCAAGCUGGGCGGCGUUGCUGUCUAUCUGCCAGCAUAUCCAUAUUUCGGAUUUCCCGAGGACCUGCGGAGCUCGGCGGCCAACUUGGCAGCGCUGACCGACACCGACCGUCAGAGGGCGGCCGAGCGAUUCAACCAGUAUCUCAUCGAACAUGUGCCUCGCUGGCUGCGACUGCACGUCACCACCAUGAAUAUCUACAUCCCGAGCCCAUCCGAUCGCUCUGGGCCGCUUGCUCCGGGGGUGCUGCGAAUUCCUCCACAAAAGAUCAAGAGCGAGCCGCUGACAUGGGCUGGUCUUCUGCCGUGGCUGCUGUGGGAAGAAACCCGGCCAAAGCGAGAGUUUUUCCACGGAUUUGCCUCCACCCUGAUCGAGCACCAUGCUCUCAACACCAGCAUCGCCGAUUGCACUGGCAUGCGCUUUCGUUUUUGCCUCUACUUCAAGGACCUUGACUUUGGCGACCGUUUGGUGGACGGCGGCCCACAGCCCAGCCACCGCCCGCGGGCCGUCAGCUUGUCAAAGUUCGGGUUUGGCAGCAGGACUAACCCCGUGCCUAUGCUGCCAGUCGAAACUGCCUUCAUCAAGGUCCGCGGGGCUCUGGCUGUCGUGAAGGUUUACGAACCCAAAAACGAGGACAGCCCUGGCUGGAGGGACGUCAUCAUCAUCAACAACCCGAGUGCAUCUGCAGCUCGCAUCGACCAGACGCAGAGCGGCCCAGCCCCGGCGCAAGCAACUCCGUCGGCGAGCCAGCGAUCGUCGCUCGCCAGCACUUCGUCGACCUCAAGCGGCAUGAAAAACGCCAGCUCGGCGCCGCUCCUGACUCUGGGGGACGAGUCAUCGCUGUCGUCCAUCGACCUGGCCGUCCCUGUGCAUACUGAAGCCACCAGGAGCAGCAGCACCCUCCGACCUCAUCCCACCCUCAGCAGAAUCAAAUCAGAUGACUCCACGAACAUGCGGCGAUCCUUCUCGGUUCCCAGCCUGUCGUCCAGGAAACCAGUGCUGCCGCAGACCACCCAGCCUCGGUCGAGUCUCCCAGGUCUGGAGAUCGAUGCCGAACUCUCAGCGACCAUGCAGGUUACUGUCCAGAUCCCUCAUAUGGUGGUGACAAUCAACCAUCCGCUCUUGGAGUUUGCCCGCGAUCUCCAGCUCGGAAGCACAGCCGACACCGCGGCACCUGGUACUAGCUCUGGCAUGACGCCCGUGAUUGCGGCCAAGAAGUUUCUGCACAAGGGCGCCGACCUGUUCACCAAGGCCGUUCUGGUCUACUUUGACAGCCGGACAUUCGAGGUCAGGAAUAUCAAGCGCGAGAUCAUGAUUUGAUCUGUUGCCGUGGUAUGGCCUCCGACACUCGAGUCUGUCCGGCUCAAACACGGCAUCGGAAUAUGCAUUUCUGUUGGAUUGCGAUUGCACCGUGCCUGGUUUGAGUCCGAUACAUCGCUAUUUUCUGGUCCUGAAUACACCCCGUCCACCGAGGCCAACAGGGUACUGCCAGGGACGCUCAGGGAUACUCUCCCGUUUCGUUCCAAACAAGCUGUGCUAUGUUUGCUAUCUCUGAAUAUAUCUACACAUGUCCGUUGCCACAA